CGCCCGGCCUGAGCGGAAAUCGCGUGACCCCGGAAGUGGCCGGCAGGGCGCGCGCGGGCGGGGCGCCGACGUUCGUCAUUUUGUGCGGGAGGGAGCGCGAGCGCGGCGCGGUCGAGCCUCCGGUGUUCCGGACCCAGCUAGAGGUGAGCAUGGCAGAGCAGGAGCCCACAGCUGAGCAGCUGGCGCAGAUUGCGGCCGAGAACGAGGAGGACGAGCACUCAGUGAACUACAAGCCCCCGGCUCAGAAGAGCAUCCAGGAGAUCCAGGAGCUGGACAAAGACGACGAGAGCCUGCGCAAGUACAAGGAGGCCCUGCUGGGCCGCGUGGCCGUCUCAGCUGACCCCAAUGUCCCCAACGUUGUUGUGACCCGCCUGACCCUGGUGUGUAGCACUGCCCCAGGCCCCCUGGAGCUGGACCUGACAGGCGACCUGGAGAGCUUCAAGAAGCAGUCAUUUGUGCUGAAGGAGGGAGUGGAAUACCGGAUAAAGAUCUCUUUCCGGGUGAACCGGGAGAUCGUGUCCGGCAUGAAGUACAUCCAGCACACAUACCGGAAAGGCGUCAAGAUUGACAAGACCGACUACAUGGUGGGGAGCUACGGGCCCCGGGCGGAGGAGUACGAGUUCCUGACCCCCAUGGAGGAGGCGCCCAAGGGCAUGCUGGCACGGGGCAGCUACAACAUCAAGUCCCGCUUCACAGACGACGACAAAACUGACCACCUGUCCUGGGAGUGGAACCUCACCAUCAAAAAGGAGUGGAAGGACUGAGCCCGGCCUGGGAGGCGGGCAGGGCGAUGGACGGAGGGAUGUAUGCGCCCCACCCCACCCCACCCCACCCGACCCCAUACCAAAGUGCUGACAGGGCCCCUGCCCACGCUGCCAUCUCCCCUGGUUUGCCUCCUGGCCCGCCCGGCCCUCCCCAGCCCACAGGCCCCAGCCUCCCGGUGAUCUAGUGUUGUUGCUGCUUCAUCCUGUGCUGUGGGGGAGGGAAGCUGCAGCCCAGGCCUCCGCCUCCCCCUUGGUUCCUCCAGGUUCCCCCUGCUCUAAGCCAACUUGAGUCCCUGGCUUUUCCAAGGGAGUGGGGCAUUGAAUGGGGUCUCGGGGUGCUCAGGUCCCCCAGGGCCUUUUCGGUUGCCCUGACUCUGCUCAUCUCCCCCUAUGGGGUGGGGGUGGGGUGCACGAUGCAGGGCCUAGGGGCAGGUCAUCUCCAGCCGUCACCCUCCCUGGUCAGUUCCUCUGUCGCUGUCACUGUCUAACCAUGAUGCCUUAACAUGCGGAACGUGUGUUCUGGGGCCGUCACUAACCUCUGACCCUGUGUCCGCAUGAGCAUGUGGUCUCCCCAGCCCCCGCCCCACCCGCAGUCCCUGGGGCCCAGGGCAGUGGGACGCUGCUGCUGCUGCUGCUGCUGCUGCUGCUGCUUCCCGGCCUGCCAGGGCCUGGCCAGCCCCUCCCCCCCAAGCCAGGGCUGUGGGGACAGCUCCAGGGGCUUGGAGAAAGCCAAAUUGCCAAAACUCCAGUCCUAUCUGCGAGGCUGGGAGUCCUCACGCCUCGCCUUGUCUGUCAUCUGUCCCAGCGGGCAACACCCAGACCCAGCGCCCAAGGCCCCCCCAGAGCCCUCGGCAGACAAAGCCAGCGGCCGAGCCUUACUUGGCCCACCUGGGCCUGCCAGCCUGGAGUGGCACGCCUGGCCUGUCAGUAUUUAUUGCCUCCACAUGUGCCGUCCUCUGGGCCUGCCACCUCUGCCCCCAGGCUCGGUGCCACCAUCCCCGGCAGGCCCUCCCCAGACCCAGCCAGGACAACUGUGGGACCAAGUGUGCACAGCCGGAGCCGACCCCUGUGCCUCCCCUCCUUCCCCCUCCCUGGUCAGGCCCUGGGCUGGACCGCACAGGAACCUGUCCCUGCUUCUCCUUUUCUGACCAGGAAAUAAACUUCCCUGAAGGA